AUGGUAUACGAGACACAUAUUAUCUUCUCGAUGGCGAUUAUUGACUACAUACAGAGACAAAUAUUCGUAGUGCUCAACAUAGUCUUUUUAUGCAGUUUGGCAGCGUUGUUCGGAAUAAUCACCAAUGUCAUCAAUUUACUUGUCUUUUACAAACAAGGCCUGAAGUCAAGCAUGAACAUCACAUUCUUCGCCAUGGCUAUCUCAGAUCUCUGCGGGAUGCUGUCUCAGGAGUUAUUUAGUAUCUUCUUCAACCCACUGUUCGAGGCUGCUGAUUUACCAUUAGUUCCUUCAGAGUUUCAAUAUAUGAUUGCUGGAAUACCCAGGGUUGCUUUUUCAAAAAUCACCUGCCUCAUCACUGUCUACGCGACUCUAGAACGAUGUCUGUGUAUAGCAUUUCCUUUACACAUCAAAGGAAUGAUAACUGCCAGAAGAACGACUUUCGUAAUGGCUUGUAUUUACACCAUGACGAUUCUAUCUUUCUCGCCACUGUACAUGAAGACAUCAAUCAACUGGAAGUUUCACUCAGACAGAAACAAAACUCUUCUAGGUUUAGUUUUUGCGAGCGGUAGUCAGAAAUUAACAGACAUCGUCUAUGUCUUGCAGGCGUUUCUGGGACUUUCCUCUUUUGUGGCUGUAGUAAUAUUUACAAUGAUUUUAAUACGACAGCUAGGACAGAAGGGAGCAUGGCGUAAAACAGCGAUCAUGAGUUUGGACAAAUCCCAGCAAAUGAGCAAUCGAGAUAGGAAGACAAUGACAAUGAUUAUACUCAUCGCUACCAUCUUAAUCAUUUGCUACACUCCAAGUGUUAUCCUUUACUGUGUUACAAUAAUAGAACCGGAGUUUAGCAUUGCAGGAGCAUACAAUAAUCUUUUCUUCGCUCUGUGGUCAUUUGGUAUUUUAUUUGAAACUAUAAACUCUAGUGUGAAUAUCUUUUUGUACAUCAAAAUGAGCACACAGUACAGACAAACAUUCUACAAACUCGUUUCAUGUUUGAAAACGAUCACAGAAAAUUCUGGCAAUGACAAAGUGUUGCCUGGUUGA